AUGUCCGUGGAAGGUGUCCGUAUUCUAGCGCCUGUGCUUGGUGAGCAUGCCCAGAUCCUCACACCUGAGGCUAUCAAGUUCUUGACAGUGCUGCACCGCAAUUUUGAGACGGAGCGUCAGGAACGUCUAAAGGCACGCGCUGUCCGCCAGGUCGAACUCGAUGGCGGCAAGACACUUGACUUCCUGCCUCAGACCCGUCACAUCCGUGAGGAUCCCGCGUGGCGCUGCGCGCCGCCCUCACCUGGUCUUCGUGACCGUCGCGUUGAGAUCACUGGCCCUGUCGACCGUAAGAUGGUCAUCAAUGCCCUUAAUUCGGGUGCCUACACCUAUAUGGCCGACUUUGAGGACUCUAACUCGCCUACGUGGGCUAACAACCUUGAUGGCCAAGUCAACUUGCGCGACGCUAUCAACCGCCGCGUGGAUUUCAAGGCUAGUAAUGGCAAGCAUUACAAGCUUCGCCCUGUUCAUGAGCUUGCAACACUUAUUGUCCGCCCUCGUGGGUGGCACUUGAACGAGGAGUCGUUCCUCGUUGAUGGCAAGCCUAUUUCGGGUGGACUGUUUGACUUUGGACUGUUCUUUUUCCACAACGCCCAUCAGCUGGUGAAGAACGGCUUUGGACCGUACUUCUACCUGCCCAAGAUGGAGUCACACCUGGAAGCCCGUUUGUGGAACGACGUGUUCAACCUCUCGCAAGACUACAUCAAAAUGCCGCGUGGUACGAUUCGUGGCACCGUUCUGAUCGAGACCAUAACUGCUGCCUUUGAGAUGGAGGAGAUUCUUUACGAGCUGCGCGAGCACUCCUCGGGUCUCAACUGCGGUCGCUGGGACUACAUUUUUUCAUUCAUUAAGCGUCAGCGCUACAACAAGUCGGCUGUACUGCCUGAUCGUGCUACGGUGACGAUGACGUGCCCCUUUAUGCAAGCCUACGUGAACCUGCUCAUUCAAACUUGCCACAAGCGUGGUGCUGCUGCCAUUGGUGGUAUGGCUGCUCAGAUUCCUAUCAAAGGAAAUGAGAAGGCCAACAAUGCUGCUAUGGACAAGGUGCGUGCUGACAAGCUUCGUGAGGUGCUCGCCGGUCACGACGGUACGUGGGUGGCACAUCCUGCGCUAGUCCCGAUCGCGCUAGAGGUCUUCAACAAGCACAUGCUUGGUCCCAACCAAUAUCACGUCCGACGUGAGGAGGUCCGCGUCUCGGCUCUAGACCUGCUCAACCCCAACGUGGAUGGCCAGAUCACUGAAGCUGGUGCUCGCGCCAACGUGUCGGCCCUCCUUGCCUACUGUGCUAACUGGGUUAGGGGCAACGGCUGUGUUCCGAUUAACCACCUCAUGGAAGAUGCUGCCACGGCCGAGAUUUCGCGUAUCUCGCUCUGGCAGUGGGUAUUCCACGGCUCCAAGACCGUGGAAGGCAAGCCUGUCACGCCUCAAUUCAUUGAUCAAAUUAUUGCGUCGGAGGCUGCCAAGCUCACGAGCCUGGAUCCGAAUGCUGUAGACCUGUCACGUCGCUACCUGUCCCAGCAGGUGCGCGCCAAGGAGCCCAGUGAAUUCCUGACCACGGACCUAACGGCCCAUCUUGAUAACUCGAUCUCUCAAUCGCGUAUUUAA